AUGAUCGGUGGAUGUGUUGUUGCCCAGCUUGAAGACAAAUGGGGACACCCUUUAAAGCAAGUUGUUGACAUAUCAUUUGCUCCAAGCGCAACUCGCUCCAACAAUGUAAACUUGGGCGCUAACUCUUCGUUGAUAAUUCUGUUUUUUCUCUGGAUCUGCAAUUUUUUCCUCUCGAAUUUUCUGGUUCAGUUACACAAUAAGCAAAUCAAUCUGAUAUACAAAUCCCGCCCACCUCUUUUACGUAAGAACGAACAAAUAAUUGAAAUAAUGUCGGGUGUAUCACUUGCUGUGGCCCCACGUUCCGAGCCUGAUCGGACUAUUACCUCAGACACAGAACCCCAGCAGAAAUGUGCCAAGCUCCACCAGCAGCAGAUGCAAGAGCAGGCAGCACCAGGUGGUGUAAUGGGAUCCCUCCGUGUGAUCGAAUUGCAAUUAGUGGCUUUCAUUAUGGUCUUUUCAGCCAGCGGCCUUGUUCCGCUUCUUGACCUUGUUUUCCCAGCUUUUGCUUCUGCUUAUCUUCUUGCACUUUCGUGGUUAGCUUUUCCUGCUCAUGGCAAAAUCUCUGAAUCGCCUGAACUAUUUCGGGGGAGUAGAAUGAUUAGAUUCUAUGUAGUUGUUGGGACCACUGUGGGUCUGUUCUUGCCAUUGGCAUUUGUUUUGGGUGGAUUUGCAAGAGGGGACGAACAUGCCGUGCGAUCAGCCACGCCCCAUUUAUUCUUGCUAUCAUUUCAAAUACUAACAGAGAAUAUAAUUAGUGGGCUGUCCUUGUUUUCGCCUCCUGUGAGAGCACUCGUGCCACUACUUUAUACUGUGAGGAGGAUCUUUGUCAUACUUGAUUGGAUAAAGGAUGUAUGGAUUAACAAAACCUUGCCUGCAAAUGCAGAAUUUAAGGACGUUGCUUGGUAUUGGUUCGGACGAUGGUUGGCAGUUGCUAAUCUACUAUACUUUUCUGUCAAUCUAUUCUGUUUCCUCAUCCCACGAUUUCUUCCAAGGGCCUUCGAGAGGUAUUUUAAGGAACGGGAUGAGAUUCAUGCAAAGAUGGCUGAAGACAAGCGCUCGGCCACUAUAACCUCUCAGCGUGCAGAUAAGAAGACUGAUUAG